AUGAGCGUCGAGCUCAAUGAGCCCGGGCUCCGGGACUUCGGCCUCAUGGCCGAGGUGUCCGAGAAGCUUUUUGUCGAGAACCUCGAGACGCGCUUCAAGGCCAAUGAGAUUUACACUUUCAUCGGCCAUGUUGUUGUGGCAGUCAACCCGUACCGGUCCAUGGGCGAUCUCUACUCGGACCGGGUUAUCGACCAGUACCGGUCCAACAGCUCGUACAACCUUCCGCCGCAUAUCUACUCGAUCGCCGACUCGGCAUACCGGAACAUGCGCGACCGCGGUGAGGAUCAGUGCAUUCUCAUCUCCGGCGAGUCGGGUGCCGGUAAGACCGAGGCAUCGAAGCUGAUCAUGCGCUACAUCGCGGCCACCAGUGUCCGCAGUGACAGCGAACGCAUCAAGACCAUCCGCGAUCAGCUGCUCAAUGCGAACCCGGUGCUCGAGGCCUUCGGCAAUGCCAAGACCUCGCGAAACAACAACUCCUCCCGCUUUGGCAAGUACAUGGACCUGGAGUUCGACUUCCGCGGCUCCCCCGCUGGUGGUGUCAUCACCCAGUAUCUCCUGGAGAAGUCGCGCGUCAUUCACCACGCCCCAGGCGAGCGCAACUUCCACAAAUUCUAUCAGCUCCUGCGUGGAUCGACCCCGGAGCGCCUGGACCAGCUCGGCCUGGCCAACAACCCCGAGCAGUACAAGUACCUCGGCGCCUAUGGCUCGGUCUACUCCAUCGACGGGGUGAACGACCGACUGGAGCAUGUGGCCGUGCGCGAUGCCAUGCAGACGGUCGGCUUCACCGCCGAGCAAAUUGACGCCAUUGACCAGCUGGUGGCGGCGGUCCUGCACCUGGGCAAUGUGGAAAUCCGCGGCCCGGGCUGGCCCCAGGGGAUUGCCCUCCCCGGGGCCGAUCCCUCGGCGGCCACCGUGGUCGAUGGGCACCACUUCGACAUGGCGGCGCGGCUGCUCGGGGUCGACCGCACGGCGCUGGCCUUCUCGCUGACGCACCGGACCGUGAAGGAUUCCUCGCGCGCCGGGGCCGACAUGCGUGUCGGGCUCAAUCUCAAGGCCGCGGUCAAUUCGCGUGACGCCCUGGCCAAGGCCAUCUACGAUCGGCUCUUCUCGCAUGUGGUUCACACCAUCAACGGCAACAUCCGCCGGGAUGUGGGGGAGCCCCGCGGCUCGGUCAUCGGUGUGCUGGACAUCUACGGCUUUGAGGUGCUGCAGACCAACUCCUUCGAGCAGUUUUGCAUCAACUACUGCAACGAGAAGCUGCAGCAGCUGUUCAUCGAGCGCACCCUGCGCGAAGAGCAGCUGGAGUACGAGCGCGAGGGUGUCCAGUGGAACUCCCCGGUGGACUUCUUCGACAACGCCAUCAUCUGCAAGCUCAUCGAGGAGCGCAAGCAUGGUAUCAUCGAUCUUCUCGAUGAUGAGUGCCUGCUGCCCGGCGAGGUGACCACCGGCACCCUGAUGGCCAAGCUAAACAUGGCCUUCGGUGAGCACCCGCACUUCGUCACCCGGGCCAACCACCGCAGUGACAAGACCCUCGGCCCAUGUGACUUCCGCCUGAAGCAUUACGCUGGCGAUGUGCAGUAUGAGGCCGAGCUCUUUGUCGAGAAGAACCGCGACACCCUCUUCCGCGACCUCCAGCACUGCAUGAACUCCUCCACCUUGGAGAUUGUUCGCCAACUCUUCCCCGAGGGCCCGGCCACCGUGGAUCUGAAGCGGCCCCUCUCGGCCAGCUCCAGCUUCCGGAAAUCCAUGGACGAGCUGAUGAACAACCUCCUCUCCAAACACCCGCACUAUGUGCGCUGCAUCAAGCCCAAUGGCCAGCAGCAGCCUCACAUGUUUGAUGCGGAGCUGGUUUCUCACCAGGUUCGCUACCUCGGUCUUCUGGAGAAUGUUCGCGUUCGUCGGGCAGGCUUCUGCUUCCGCCAAACGUUUGAGACUUUCGUUGAGCGCUACAAGAUGCUUGCCCCCACCACUUGGCCUUGCUACAAAAAGAAGGGCUUGACCCUGGAACAGGCGGUGCAUGACAUCAUGCAGGCGGCUUUCCCGGAGUCCGGCGUGCAACUCCGGCGCGAAAGCAGCGGCUCCACAUCCGGCGGCGCCCCGGCCGCGAAUGCCCUGAACUCCGCGGCGGCUGACACCGCGGCCGAGACCUCGGCAGCCGAGACGUCCGCCGCCCCGACUGCCUCGUCCUCCCCCUCGGCCUCGAGCAGCCAGCUCGGCGGGGCCAAUCUGUCCGAAGCGGCCAGCCUGCAGAAGGAUGUCUAUGUGCUGGGCAAGACCAAGAUUUUCAUUCGCAACCCCUCGACCGUGGCCGACCUGGAAAGCCAGCGCAACCAGUCGAAGGACCGCAUGGCCUCAUUGAUCGGGGCAUGUGCCCUGCGGUUUGUCUACCGCCGGCGGUUCCUGGCCAUGCGCCAGGCGGCCACCAAGCUGGCGGCCCUCUGGCGUGGCUACAACGACCGGAUGAACUAUCUGGACUAUCGCGACCAGGUGAUCAUCGUGCAGGCCUGCGUGCGGGGCACCCUGGCGCGCAUCAAAUUCCGCCGGAUGCAACGGUCCUUCCCCAAGCAUGCAGCCACGUACCUGCAGCAGCAGUAUCGCCUGCGCUGGCGCCGGCGCUUCUUGCUGGCCCUGGCGGCCGAGGUGGCGGCCGCCGGGCCGGCCGGCCUGAAGAAGGAGCACUGGCCGUUGGUGACCCCGCGCAGCGCGUCGCUCGGGAGCACGCGCUCGCAAUCGGUCGCCGCCCAGCAGCCAGUGCAUCCCGACACGCCGGCCUGGCGUCUGCUUUCGCCCCUGGUGGCCGACUGCUCGGCCCUCCUUUACCCGAUGUACCGCCGGCAGCAGCUGGCCCUCUACCGCCGGCAGCUGUCGCCCGAGCGUCGCCGCGUGCUGGAGCUUAAGCUGGAGGCCAGCAAUCUCAUGUCCAAACGGACGGACUACCCUUCCAGCGUGGCCCGGCCCUUCGUCGGGGACUUCCUCAAUGUGGCUACCUCUCCCUGGUGGAGCAGCAUCGUCGACAGCGAACACGAGUCAGUUCUCUUCUCACAUCGGGUGCAGAAGCGCCACCGGUCCAACUUCAAGGCCGUCAAUCGGGAUCUUGUCCUUACCAGCGAGAACUUGUAUGUGCUGAAUCGCGACGGCCGGGCAAAUGCCAAGCUCAAUGCCCGGAUUCCCCUGUCAAAUGUGACUGGCGUCGGUGCCAGCCUCGAUUCGGAUGGCGUUCUCCUGGUCCAUGUCAAGAACAUGCCCAAGCUGGACUACAUCUUCGUCAUGGCCGAGGGCUUCAAUGUGAUCGAGUUCUGCUCGCGACUGUCCCUCGCCUCUCGGACAUACAGCUCGUACAACAUCCUUUUCAAGAUCGCCACCACGCACGAGUACAACGCCGGCGUCAAGUAUGGGCCUUGCUCCUUCGGCUUCUUCAACGAGACCAACACCCCGGACCCGGUGUUCAAGCGGGACUCCUCGUCGGCCACCGCCCCGUCGGAUGUCAGUGCUCGGCCGGCCCCCAUCCGGUGCCUCAUCCAGUCGAGUCCCGAUUUGUCAUCCACCUUUUGA